CGAGGGAAGAGAAUCGCGAUCCGAUUCGAUUUCGGUGGAUCGUUACAGCCCUACUUGCUAGUAGUAUAUCGGCAAAUAGUCGGAGUAGAAGAUGUAGUGGAAUUGCAAGAAAGUCAUAGUAUAUGUGUGUAAUUUAUUGGCGUCUUUUUCAGUGAUAAGAGCUUAUGGGAUGUCGCUAUUGACAUGUCAAAUGCACCAUCCAACAAGGAAGACGAUUCUACAUCAAACAUAGAAGAAGGAACAUUAUUAUUAUUAGGAAGUCAAAACUCGGGGAAGACAUCAAUAGGAUUAAGACUGUCUGAAAGGGAUGAGCAAGCCAAGCCCACUACAGCAUUGGAAUAUACCUACUCUAGACUCAGCCGAGGAGCUAAAUUGACAAGAGAUGUUCUUCACAUAUGGGAGCUCGGAGGGGGAACGUCACUUACCAAGUUACUGGAGGUACCCAUAAAUCCAAGCACACUAUUCUCAUUAUCCAUUGGAAUUGUGAUUGACCUUUCUCAGCCAGAGGUCAUGUGGGUUACCUUAGAGACUUUGCUGCAGGCAUUGAACUUAAGGCUUGAUCAAGUAUUCAAGGAAAUUGGUAGUAGUAAUACUGAUUUAACGAACAUGUUGAAGAGGCAAGCGAUGAAAAGAAUUGGAGAUGACCACAGGGACAUAGACAUGCUCAACCCAUUUCCUGUUCCCUUGGUAAUAAUUGGCUCCAAGUAUGACAUAUUUCAGGACAAAUUUGAUUCUGAAAAAAGAAAAGUCAUCUGCAAAACUCUUAGAUUUCUAGCUCACAUAAAUGGAGCAGCACUACAUUUCUGCAGCACUAAGAUAGAUGGACUUAUGCAGAGAACUAGAGCUUUGCUGGCAAUGUCUGCCUUCCCUGCCACACUAAGUAAGCAGAAUGAUUCAAAAGAGAAGAAAGUGUUGCUUGAUCAUAAUAAACCUGUCAUCGUCCCGUUUGGCAUGGAUUCUAUGGAAAUGAUAGGCUCUCCAUUGCUCCCUGCGGGUGAUAUUAGCCAGGUCACGGCAAGAACGCCAUUAGAGUUGUGGAAAAAUUCGUACACCAGUUUCUUUCCACAACAGAGCUCUGCUGCACCACUGAGACAGGAAGACCCAACAAGUGACCCUCAGUACAGUGAGCCAACCAUUGACGCUGUCCGUAGACAAAGAGACGAGGAGCUCGAACGGUAUCGGAGGUUAGCAGAGCAACGUGCUGAAGAUGCUGCGAAAAAGGGCUUGCAGGCUCACGUACAAGCUUAGCCAACCGCUGCAUCGAUGACCCAACUGUGACCUUUGUACAGGUGAUACAUUUAUAAUGCUGCGAGAACCUGAAUAUGUUCCCUGCACAGAUGCCAGCUAUACUCUUGUAGAUAGUCUUUAAUAAAAUCGUGUUCUGGAUUUUGAAGGACCUGAUUAUAGUUUAUUGUAGCCUGUAAAUAUGCUGUAUAUAGAAAUUUGUUAAAAUGCUUAGACAUGUCUUCUGUGUGAACAUGUUACUGAAUUCAUUUUUGCUUGGUUCGGGUGCAGUGGAAAUAGUCCAAUUUAAUCACUGAAUGCACAAAAGUAGAAUAAUGGGUUCUUUAUUCUAAAAUAUAAAUCAUAGUAUUGCUACAGGUAUUCCUGCAUUUAUGGAGACUAAAAAACACCUCACUUAUACAGUAAUGUAUCAAUUACCAAUGUUAUUGGGCUAAUCCGUAACAUUCUUUUUUGACAAACGUCUGGGAAAGUGCACUCACAGGUAUGACGAAUUUGACUAUUUAAGCAUAUAAGGAUUAUAUUCUUUAUGAUCCUUGGGACAAGGAUUAAUCCGUCUAUAAACUAAUAAUCUAUAUGUAAACAUUAUCUAUUUUGUACAUCACAUGCACUACACGUAUUACAAUACAUUCAACUUUUCAUAAAGCUCAAAACUUAUUUGUCAUAAAUAAUUUUGCAACAUGUAUUGUAGUCAAUGUAGUGCACAAAUAAACAUAACUUACACAGGUA